AUGACGAACCACAGCAGACAGCAUUAUGAACAACUGGCGGAGACCGGCUCCUGUGAGCGGCUAUUUAAGCACAACCAAGCGCACACACGGAAGAUAAACUCACGGUGGGUGACGAAGCCCCGGCGACGAAGUCGUACACGCCGACCCUCUCCGAAAGCCGUGCAGAAGCCGACAGCGAGAUCACACAGGGAAAACAACAUGGCUGCAGAGAUCUCUCCCCUACCUGAGGCAGGCACGGGACUGAAUCGCUAG